CACCACUCUACACAGCCAGACAUUAUUCCGCCGACGAAACUUUGCAGCAGCCUCGAUCUCCAAAGGGUCCAGCCAUCACAGAACGAUUAACGGUCCAGCUUGUUCCCUGCAGCGAUCCGCCUUUCGUUGUGUGCGAAACUUGAAUCUCGCGCAACCCUGAUGACGCUAAACUGCAAAGUGACGUAUGCGCGAUCGGGUAUAGCACCCAUAUAUCUACGACGCCUGGAUGCGAGCCCUGGUUUGUGAUCUACUGCGCAUUUAAUAUUUUCUUAAAGCGAUUAUCAAAAGAUUCGAAAUCGAUUUUCUUUGAGCUAUUGGGAUUGUAUCGAGAAGGAUUGAAAAGUAGAGCAAGAUGUUCGCUGUUGAUGAGCUCAAGAAGCAGAACGCUGGGCUUCAAGCCGGCGUAGCGAAUAUUUCCAAAGUCGCCCAAGGCGCUUCACAGAGAGGCCAGUCGACCGCGAAGAAGCCUGCUGCAACGGCGCAGAAAACCGCAGCGCCAGCUACACGGAAAGCUACUCCGGUGAAGAAGGCUACACCGGCUACCACCGCGAAGUCUACCACAAACACUACGACUCCGGCUAAGAAAGCCCCGUCGAAGCUGAACUCAGCAUCGACCUCUAUGCCAGCGAAUAGCCCAGCUUCGAAGACUACGACGCCGGCGAAGGCUACGCCUGCGCGGACACCAAUCGGGACAAAGAAAUCGCUUCCAUCUGCUGGCUCGAAUACAGCAUCCACAGCUAGCCCCGCGAAGAAGACCCCAACCACCGCGCCGAAAGCCUCCGUGGGCGAUACACCCAAGCCAGCCCGAACACCCAUCGGCACAAAGAAACCCCUACCCAUCUCAAAAGCCACCCCAUCUUCAAAAGCCACCAGCGCAGCGAAGACCAGCACCCCCGCGAAACCCGCAACCAGCACACCCUCCACAACAACAACCGGCGCUAAAGCAACCCCCAUCAAGAAAACCCCCGUCAAACCCGCCGCCAACCCCGACGGCACAAAGCCCACCCCCGUAGCCGCGAAAAAGAUCGCCCCGGCCGCCCAGCCCGCAAAGAAACCCGGCGUCAUCGGCAGCGCCUCCAACGCCGCAACCGGCACCCUCAACAAGGGCGUCGGCCUCACUACGGGUACCGUGAACACGGUGACCGACUCUGCGACGACUGGCCUGAACAGCACUGUUAAUGGCGUUACUGGCGUCGCGGGUAAGGGGCUUGACAAGCUGCCUGCUGGAGUAGGGAAACCGGUGAAGCAUGUCACGGAUGGAGUGGGCAAGACGGCGACAGGCGCAACGGAUAACUUGUACUAUACGACGGGGGCGGUGACGAAGGGCGUCCAGGGGACAGUUAGUAAGACCACAGGAGCACUAGGUAAGGGAGACGUUAGGGGUGCGGUGGGAGGCGCGACGAGUGGGGUCGGAAACACGGUUGGCGGGGUUGGGAAGGGUCUCGGAAAUACCGUGGGAGAUGCUGUGGGUGGGGUGGGGGGAACGGUUGGCGGCCCGCUUGGGGAUGUGGUUGGUGGAGUGGGGAAGGGAGCUGGUGAUGCCGUCGGUGGUAUUACUGGCGGAUUGGGAGAGGGCGUGGGUAAGUUGGGCAGGGGCGAUUUUGUCGGGGGCCUUGGAAGCACCGCGGGCGGCGUGCAGAAGGGCGUUGGCGGGCUGUUGGGAGGACUGCUCGGAGGUAUUUCAGGUGGUAACGAGGAGGAGUGAGCAAAGUCCCAAAAGCCGUAUUAGAUUGGUAUGUUUUCUCAGCUUCGAUUUUCUAAUGUGUAGUUCUAUCUAUUCUAUAGGUUAUGAAACUAAUUCGACUAAUGCCCAACCGAAACU